GUAGACACGUGUCACAUUCUCAUUUUUUGAUAAAUUUUCAAUUCUCGUUGCACUAUAAAAUCCGUAUGGGAUCGGCGAACGGAGUUUAUUCUGGUGCCUUCUUCUUUCUAUCGACCUCAGUAUCUCUGCUCGCCAUAUUGUAGUGUCUCCAGGGAUAAGUCAUAGAAGAUGCAGGGGGAAAAAGAAGGUAGAAACAAUUUCUUUGGCAUGCGUGACCCUUUCGCCAAUUUCCGGGGCUUUGGCAUGAUGCCCAGCCUAUCUGGAAGGAGAGAUCCGUUUGAUGACCCAUUCUUUACUCGCCCAUUUGGGAACAUGUUUGAAUCUAGCAGACUUGAACCUCCAAAUUCUGGUAGUACUGAUGCAUUGCAUGCCAAUGGAGCACAAAAAUUAGUUAUAGAAGAACUAAUCUCAGAUGAUGAGGAGGAAAAGGGAAAGGAUAUACAUACUGGCUCAGGCAAAGAACCAUCUAUUGAGCAUCCUGAUGAUGUUCUUGAUGAGGAGAAGGGCAAGAAUGUGAAUCAUAGGCAUGAUUAUAACAAGAUGGAAGGGAAUAAACCUCAGGCUCAUAAUUUCAGUUUUCAGACUUGCAAAGUCACUUAUGGUGGUGUAGAUGGAGCAUAUUACACUUCUUCAAGGACCAGAAGGGCAGGCAGUGAUGGAGUGGUAAUUGAGGAGAGCAAGGAAGCUGACAAAACAACGGGUCAAGCAACACAUCGAAUUUCUAGAGGGCUUCAUGAUAAGGGCCAUUCUGUCACAAGGAAGCUUAAUUCAGAUGGCAAGGUGGAUACAUUGCAAACUUUACACAAUCUGAAUGAAGAUGAACUUGCUGGGUUUGAAGAAGCAUGGAACGGUAAUGUGAAAGGACAGCUGCCUGGCACAAGCAAUCAAUAUGAUAUCAAUGGAGCUAGCAACAGAGGGCAGAGGGAGAUGGCAACUUGGGGCAGAGGGGCACUUCCAUCGGUAGAACAUUCCCGAAAUACUGGAGCAAGUGCUGUAGGAAAAACCAAAAAUGUUGUUAGGAUCAACAUAGAAUAAAUCAAGAGAUUAUCUCAUAUUUCGCCUUUCCUGUGGUAUUACAGCCUCAGGCAGGCCCCGGCGUGGUGUAAUGAUUUUUUCGUGUCUUCAUGUCCAAGCUGUAUGAAGAUGUUUUCUUUUCAGUUUGCAAAAGACGUCGGAGACCUAUUGAGAAUCUAUGUGCUGUGGAGCUAGUCUAAUACUUUUCUUUUCUAUACUCCGGAAAAUCUUAUUGGAAAAUGUUGGUAUACUAAUAUGAUAUUUUAAUUUUUAA